AUGUCCGAAUCUGCCCCGCUUCCGUACGACGAGCAGUGGCUCGACGGCCCGUUCGAGACCAAGUUCUACACCCGCCUCUACCUCCCGCCCUCCCCCACCCCCACCCGCGCCGUCCUCGUCUUCAUCCACGGCUACAUCGAGCACAUAGGCCGCUACACCGCCGCGCACGCCCGCUGGGCCUCCGACGGCGUCGCGGUCUUCGCGUACGACAUGCGUGGCUUCGGCCGCACCGCGCUCGGCGACCAGCGCAGCCCCAGCAGCCUGUACGGAAAGACGGGAGGCAUCAAAGAGCGCGCAUCGGACGCGGAAUGGGCCAUCACGCACGCGCACACAACCGUGCCCGACGUGCCGGUCUUCCUCAUGGCUCACUCCAUGGGCGCUGGUCUGGCGCUCAGCUUCGCGACCCGCGAUGGAACGGCUCCACCAGAGCAGAAGACCGUCGAUCUGCUGUCGGGCGUGAUAGCUUCUAGCCCUCUUGUAGAGGUGGCGCGACGGGCGCCGUCCACGCUCGAACGCAAGCUCUUGGAAUUCGUGGGCAGAUUCCUGCCGAACCUCGUCAUCAAGACGCCCGUCCAAGAUAAGGUCUCGGACAGUCUGAAGGACCCGUACAUCAAGGGCUACGGCCGUCUGGAGGGCCUUAUCGACAUGAUUUCCAGGGGCGAGCUCCUGCUCCAAGAAGGGUACAAGCAAUGGCCCGCGAGACUGCCGGUACUGAUCCUCCAUGGGAGCGCAGAUAUGGUCAACGCUUUCCCACCUACCAAGGAAGUCUUCGAGAAACUGCAGGCACCGGACAAGGAGUUCAUCAUAUACGAGGGCAUGAUGCAUGAUCUGAUGACCGAGCCGGAUAUCAAGGACAAGUACUUCAAUGAUUGCUUCUCAUGGCUUGAGAACCACAUCAGCACUUCGACCGUUGAGCGUUAG